CUCGAUUUGUCAGUAGGCGAGGCUUGUUUUGAACUUGGUGUUUUAGAUACGCUGCUGUUUAAAAUUUCACUAUAAGGCAAGUACAGGAGCAGGAGGAGACAGUCCUGAAUGCAGAAGGCUGUAGCCGUGCUUGGAGGCGGGAUAGGAGGCCUCUCCGCUUGCUAUUACCUCAGCAAGAGCUCACAGGUCUCCAAGGUGGUGCUCCUGGAAGCGACUGGGAGGUGUGGAGGAUGGCUGCGUUCAACACGGAGGGAAGACGGAGCCGUGUUUGAGCAUGGACCACGCGGGGUGCGGCCUUUUGGUCCAGCAGGACAGAACACCUUAAACAUGCUCUCUGAGUUGGGGCUUGAGAGGGAGAUACUUGCAGUUCCCCAUGACCAUGUGGCAUCUAAGAACCGUUUCCUCUAUGUGAAUGGUCAGCUGCACAGAAUGCCCUCUAGCCUCAGUGGGGUGGUGCACACGGUGCCCCCCUUUUCACGUCCCAUAAUUCUCAGCGUGCUAAAGGAAGUUCUGGUUAGUAAAGGGAAGCAGGAGGACGAGUGUGUGCAUGCAUUUGUGUCCAGGAGACUGGGCUCUGAGUUGGCAGAUAUAGCCAUAGACAGCGUGUGUCGUGGGGUGUUUGCAGGGGACAGCAGGCAGCUAAGUGUGCGUUCCUGCUUCCAUUCACUCUACAGUGCAGAGCAGGCUUGGGGCUCUGUCCUACUGGGCAUGCUCAUGGGCAAGCUUAUGGGCUCUGAGAAGGGCCUUCCAGUGGUCCCCUCUGAGCUGGCACAGAGGGCACAGAAAGAACGCUGGGCGCAGUGGUCUCUGAGGCGGGGCAUGCAGGCUCUGCCUGAGACCCUGCAUGAAGUGCUGAGGGGGAAAGAGCGGGUUGAGGUCCACCAGAACACACCUGUGAAGAGUCUGAGCCGCAAACCUGGCGGGUGGGAGAUUAAACUGGAGGAUGGGGCAACGUUAAAAGUUGACCACGUGAUUUCUGCUGUACCUGCAUCAGCUUUAGCAUUGCUGUUGCCCCCUGCUGCCCAUUCACUGUCAGAACAACUGCGAGCAAUCCCCACAGUGACUGUUGCCAUGGUGAACUUGGAGUUUGAGGGAUCGGUGCUGCCUGUAAAGGGUUUUGGGCACUUGGUGCCCUCCUCAGAGGAUCUUGGGCUGUUGGGGGUUGUGUAUGACUCUGUCCCAUUCCCACAACACAACCGGAGAGGAGACCCUACCACCAGAUUGACAGUUAUGAUGGGAGGUGCUUGGUUUGAGGAGACGUUUGGUCAUCCAGGAGAGGUGAAGGAGCAGGUGCUGCUGGAUCGAGCCAGCAGGGUCUUGAGGUCACACCUUGGCAUCACAGCCACACCAUCAUGGAGCAAAGCUGCCGUACUUAAGAACUGCAUUCCACAAUACCAUGUCGGACACUGGAAAAGACUUGAAAUGAUGAGGCGGUAUAUCAGCGAUCAUGGACUACCACUCACACUCACUGGAGCUUCCUAUGACGGUGUCUCAGUCAGUGAUGUCAUAUUCAGUGGAAGGGUGGCAGCGGAGUGUCUCACAGGAAAGGCCUGAUCUUGAAAACAUGGCUUACCACCCAAGAUCUCAAUAACACUACAGAUCCUACACACUUGCAGAGAUGCUAAAACUGGACACAUAAUCUUUAAACGAUAUGAACUAGCCAGCCAUUUUGCAAAUUGAAAGACUAUUCCAGCACUAAACCCUCAAAAAACUUUUUUUUUUUUUUUUUUUUUUUUUUUUCCAGUUUUCAGGGUAAUUUAAAAUUGUUUAAAAUUUAAUUAGACUUACAGUUCUAAAGUUAUCUUCCUUUUACUUCCUUGGAACGUUUUUGGCUCAGUACAUGGAUGUUUACAACUACAUGUGUUUAAAAUAAUUUAGCAAUAUCACAUUUCCAGAUUGUUUGGUGAAUUAUUAAUAAGCAUUUUAUUUGCUCAAAAAUUUUAUAUAAUUAUCUAAAGAAAAACUAACUACUCUCACACACCACCUUUCUUGGUGUACCUAACAAAUGAUGCCAGUAUUUCAGUGCAUGCGUAUGUGAGAGAGAAAGACUGCACUGUCAUAGCCCCCUUUUUAUGGCAUUUAGCUAACACUUUUAUCCAAA